UUUAAUUUAAUUUGGGAAUUUUUGGAGAUGUAUUUCUUUUUUAAAAAAUUGUUUUAAUAUUUGUUUUAAUUAAAUAGAAAUCUUUCCGAGGGGUUUUUAAGGGUUUGAUAAAUUUCCAGGGUAUAGGGGCUCAUGAUUGACAUGGGAAAAUCAUUGUCCGAAUUUUUAAGAAGGUUCUAGUUAGGUAUAAAAUUCGUCCAAGACUAAAAUAAUUAAGUAAAAUGGUCGUUUUUGAAGGGAUUAAUUCUAGAAAAUUUUAGUGGGGGUUAAAGGACCCUUGGAAUGAGGUGCAAGGACUGGAGUUUGAGGAGAGGAUGUUCUAGUGAUUCAAAAGGGGUUUUAAAUCAAGAAAAGUCGUAUAAGAAAAUGGUUUCUUAUUAAUAGGUUUCCCCAAGAUAAUCCGGCUAAGGAGGGGUUUCUUCGAGGAAGGAAUUGAGGAUUCAUCUUUACGAGGUGAGUGUAAAGGAGGUAAAAUCUUUGUCGUAGGUCUUUUAGUUUCCGCUUUUCGUUCAUGUUAUUAUUUAGUUAAUUUUUCUAGUGUGCGCGAUAUGUGUGUGAGGCAUCCCAACGCCUGUAAGGGUGGAGGCACGCGUUGUGCUUUGUAGGGAUGUAUGUGAUGUUGUAUGGAUUGAUGGUAUGAGGAACCCGCGGGCGGUUGGGUCACUACUGGACGGCGAGACGUAACGCAGUAGUUGACGGACAUGGACUGGAUGGUGAGACGUAACGCAGUGCCAUUGCCGAGUUUGGGUAUGCAACCGGACGGCGAGACGUAAUGCGGUUGGCAUACUAGGGUAGAAAACCGGACGGCGAGACGUAACGCGGUGGUCCUAAUAUUUUGUGUUUGAGUUAAGGAUAGAAGGCGAGCACUCUUAGGAGUUAAUGUUGAGAUGAGUCGAUAAGAAUGGUUAUUUAAGAGCAGAAAGCGAGAACGACUUUCAUGCUAGGAAGGCAUUCCCCUAAUAACGCGUUUAGUAAGGAGUUGCCUAGGGCAAAGACCUUAGGGUGUAACGAUGAGACUGACCCCUUCUCACUCACCAGGUGCAUAGAGGGGAAGAGGACGCAUCCAUCAAAAGGAGAUUACCCGAGGAGAGCAGCCGCGGCUAACCUGAAGAUGUCAACCGGAUCUGGGUAACGAGAUGAGACCUCCCAUUAUAUUUGUCUUUAGUUUCAUGUAUUAAUGAGUAUACUGGGAAACUCGAGGAUUGUGUUUUAUGUUUUGUUGCUCUGGAUUGAGGUCGCCCAACACUUGAAAAUCUUAAGCAUUGUGGUUGUUGAUUUUUGGUUUUGACUUGUAAACCGUUUUGGGUUGCUCCAGAGUAACCGGUUUGUGGUUUGAGUUGUGGUUUGGUUUUUAAAAAGGAUCGGGACGUGUCACCUAUAAACAUCACCCUCUAACAUGGUUGUCAAUAGAAGGGGUCAUGUGCACUAGUUGCCCUUAUUUGGUUGAGUGGAAACCUCCUUAGGUUCGCAUUCACAUAAUCACUCUAGAGACGACCAAGUACUCAUGUACAUACUUUCAAUGGUGCAGACCACCAUAGGGGCAUGUACUCAGACCUCCCUCAUCACUCGUUAAGCACCUCACAAGGUUUGAAAUUACCUAGUAGGUAACCAUGAUCGUAUUUACUUCAGGCCUUCUACAUCCCCCUACUCAGUUAGUGAGGGACUUGUUAGUGGUUUUGAAACAACUUAUGGUAGAGUUCCUCCGAGGUCGAGGUUCCCCUUAGUUUUGUCUCAUAAAAAAAACUAACUAGUGCAAAACAAAAGGAAAGUUUUGUUGGGCAAGAUCUCAAAGAGUUUCCUUGACCGUUGAGAUCCGUUGGAGCUCAUUUAAGUACAUCCAACGGUUAGACCACCUGGUGUAUACUAUACGGCUGACGUACACCAAUCAUUACCAUAUCUAUAUACGGCUGACGUACGCUAGCCUUUGCCAUAUACAUAUAUAUAUAUAUAUAUAUAUAUAUAUAUACAUAUACAUAUAUACAUACAUGGGCAGUUCUAAGGUGCCCAUGGCAAAAUUCGGGGUACGGAAGACCGAGGGAAGGAAAAUUACAAAAAGCGGCACGAAGCGUUAAAGCUUUUUUCAUUGAAUUUCAACCUAACUGUGCCCAGUUUAAUUAUAUUGAUUAAGAGGUUAAACCCUAUGGAUACGACCCACCGCCGCCCUAACCAAUUUCCAGUCUCCCUUCUAUGAUCCCUCAUUCGUCUUGGAGGGUCCCCUCUUAGUUCGAAGUUCUAUCAUAAGCUGCCUAUCAAAUCUGAAAUCUCAAACAAAAUCAUCAUUUCGAAAACCAAAUCCUUUUAUUAUUUUAUCCACAUUCGACUUAGCUCACUAUCCAAUCUCAAAUCCCCAACAUCAUCAUGUUUCAUACCCCAAAUCUAUGUAUCCACAUUCGAAGAGAAGAUCCCCAUCCAAUAUGAAAUCCUCACAUAAUCAUCGUUUUGAACCCCAAAUCCUUGUAUCCACAAAUCGACGUUUUGUUCCUCGCCAUUUUAUUUCCGGGCAGAAUUUACUCACCUAUCUCUUUCUAACACAAUUACGGCGACCAUUUCUAUUAUUGUGUUCAUCAAACUUUUCAUUUGCAAAAGAACCCUUGAAAGAGGUUGCUAACCCUAGGGUUCAUGUCGCUAGUGCUUUGUCAUCUUGUCUUAGCGUUAUUAUCAUUUGCAAAAUAACUUCUAUCUCUCAGUGAAAUUAAUGUUUCCUGAUAUGUAGUGUUCGUCUCGCCCAGAGGAUUGAGGAAGAAGAUGAAGAAGAAAGAAUUUGAUUCGAAUCGGAUGGAGAGGUCUCCUUAAUUUGUGUUUAUGUAUUAACAGUGCGUUUAGGACUAAUUCUAGUUGGACUGGGUCUGAUCAUUGAUUUUUGCAGGCUUUUAAAUAACAUUCAAAAGUGGGCUUGUACAUGAUCCAUGGCACCUAGUUUGUUGAUAAUAGAUACUGAGUUCCGGAUUGUCAUUAGGUUGGGCCUUUGAUAAUUGUCUAUCUCAGUGGCGGUUCUUUGUUUUACUUGUUUUUAUAUUUUAUUUUUAUCUGUUUCUGCUUCUAAAAUCCUGAUCGUGCCUUGAGUUCACGAAUUUAAACAUAAUUAUGUGUUCCAUCUUUUUUUGAGAUUUGGUAAAUGGUAGCGUGUCUCUUUACACAUUUAGCGGUACGAGGUAAACUACAAUCCGCCCAAUUUAACUCUUCAUUAAUUGGCCCUAUUCCACUCUUUCACUGAUUGCCCCUCUUUAUGCAAUGCACUCGUACAUAACAAACCUCUUGUAGCUAAUUAGAAGCUUGUGGUUGGAUACUGAGUGAAGAUAUUUUUUUAAUUUAUGUUUUGAAACUAAAGUUAGAAUUUCACUUUUGAAGUACCUAUGUACUUUAGUUGGCCAAGUAUUUUCAAAAUGUAAAAUUUUAUCAGCGUAUAGGUAUAUGAUUGUUGUAUAAGGUGUUGAUGUUAAAGGAAAUGGGUACUGAUUGCUUAGGGUAUUAGGUUGUUGAUGGUAUAGAGUAUAUGGUAUAUGAGUAGGUUAUAAGGUGUAAGGUGUUGAUGGUUUAGAGCAUAUGGUAUUGAUUGCUUAGGGUGAGGGUAGGUGUUGUUUUAUUUUUUCUCGAUUUUAUAUUUUCUUUAUAUCUGCUUAUAAAUGCCGAUCAUGCCUUAUUACUGUAAUUAUUGUAGCGUGACACAUUUAUCGAUACGAGAUAAAAUGAUUUGGUGUGUGCAAGGUAGGUUCCUAUUAACUAUUUUGCCUUGUUGGUUAUCCUUGUUGGUGAUUCUGGCCAUUAGCGAUUCGACAUAUAUGGAAUGAAAAUUAGUUAGAGUUAUUAAGUUCAUCUUUCUUCAUUUAUUCUUUGAUUUAAACCUACAUGUUUUUGCUCAUAAGGAUUUUGUAGUGGUGUGGUAAAGACAUUCCGUCCAAUUUAACUCUUCAUUAAUUCCCCCUUUUCCACUCUCUCACUCCCCCACGAAGCAGAAACAAUCCACUAUGAUAUAUUUACCGUUCAUUUUAACCCUUAACUUAAUAAGAAAGCGAAAUUUCACAUGAUGAUUAUAAAUUUCAUGUAGCUUAAUUGUUUAAUUGUCCUUAAGUUGCUGAGUUAAUAAAGUAGAGGUUUGUGGUUAGAUACUUAGCGACUAUCAAUUUUUAAUUUAUGUUUUGAACAGAAAGUUAGAAUUUCAAUUUUGAAGUACCUAUGUACUUUAGUUGGGCAAGAAAAGUUAAUAAACAAUAAAAUAGAAAAAGAAAAUAGUUAUCUAUGUGGCAUUGCUAGAAGAAUUCCUAAUUUAGCAAUCUUGCUAGUUUAGAAAGAACUCCUCCAUCCCUAAACCAUUGCUAAGUUUUUUUCAUCUAAGCUCCACCUCAUCUUUAGCAAUUUCUAAAAGUUGGGGACUUAGACCAUCUCCAUCCUUGCAAUCAAUAGGCAAUGUCUAAAGUGGGCCCUUAUCACCACAUCACCAAUCAAGCAAAAAACCCAUUCAAUAUUUUCCAAACCCCUACAUCCCUAAAACCAAUAAGCAAUUGCCAAUAGUGGUCCCAUACAAAGAAAGAAAAAGUAAUUGAAAAAUAAAAAAUAUCCUAGGUGGCAUUGCAAGAUGAAUUUCUUAUUUAGCAAUCUUGCUAAAUAAGAAAGCACCCCCACAUCCUUGCAAUUGCUUAAAAGUGGUGCCACCUAGGAUUCCACUAAAUAAGCAAUGGGAUGGAGAUGGUCUAAGGUGUUUAUGGUUUAGAGCAUAAGCCUAUAAGGUAUUGAAGGUUAGGGUAUAAGGUAGGCAACAAAGUGUUGAUGGUUUAGAGUAUAUAUGGUAUUGAUUGGUUAGGGUAUAAGGUGUUAUUGUUGGAGAGUAUAUGGUAUUGAUUGGUUCGGGUAUUAGGGUUUAGUUUAGGGUUUAGGAUUACAAUAACAUAUACCAAAUCAGUAGAUUAAUUUUGCUAACGAAAAAGUUAGUUAAUCUACAAAGCUAGUCAAAAAGCACAUCCCCAUCUCCCGUUGUCAAUUCCUAAACGUUUCCUUUAAUCCGAUGGUGAAAGAGCUUCAAUCCUUGCCGCGGCGUGUCACCCAAUCAGAUUUCGCCGUUUUCGGAAAUUCGCAUUUGCCCAUAACUAGUGCUGGUGUUACCAAGGCUGAGGCAGCGGUAGGGAGUGUGAUUUUCAGUAAAUGGGAAGGGCUGGAAAGAGAAAGUAAUUUUACGAGUCCAUUUAUAAAUUCUUUAAUCGGAGAAGGAGAGACCAUGCUCCGAAACCCGAGAGGCACUCAUCUCCUGCUGUUGUUCGUUCCUCCUCCUCUCAAUCCCUGAAAAGACCCCUUUCUCUCAUUUUCUCGAUAUGAAACUCUGAAAAUCAACCCCAUCCGCCUCUUCGUGCUCCUGUCUCAUGCUUUAUUUUCGGGUGUAGUGGUAAUGACGAGACUGCGUAUUAUUUUAGAUUUCAGUUCCUUCCAUUAUGUCAUUGUUAGAUCAUGACUGUUAAACUAAAUCCUUGAUUUUAUUAUUUCUUCUUUGCUCUCCAUACAGGGUAUUUGUUAGAGGCAGGGUGGGGAGCAUUGACAAUAAUUCGCCGUCUGAAUAUUGCCGAAAAAUCAUCAUAUGUUGUUACGAUUCCAUAAUAGGUGUUGUGGAACCCUACGUCAUAUGGUGGUUAUUUUGUGCGACAUUGGCGCGUACAUGUUGAUCAUGCUCCGAAAAUAUAUACAAGAGGGGAAAGUUGCCAUAUCUAUAGUAUAAAAGUGGGAGGGAAAGUACAUUGUUUUGUUUUUCAAGAUUUGUACUUUUAGUGUUUGAGAUCUUAAUAGAUCGGUGAGGGAUCUUUCACUCAAUAAAAAUACUGUAGUUUAUUUCUUGAUUACUGACUCCAUUUUCAGAAGUCUUUUACUAUUGUGCCAACAGUAUAUUUUCCGGAUUUCGAACUCUGCUCCUCUGUCGCAACAUGCUCUUGUCAUUUCACGCCUAAAAUAAUAAAGUGAAAUGGAAAAAGGAAAAUUUCCAUUUCAUAAUUUUAAUAGCCAAUAUUAAAUAAAUUUAUAAACAAGUAAAAAAUACGAUAUAAUAAUUCAAUAAAAAAAGAGUGAGAAAAAUUAUUCAACUAUAAUGUUGCACAUGAUUUAUUUGGGGAGCAGUCUCCAUAUCAAAUUAAAUCAAAUCCAUCCGAUCUAAAUAAAAUGACACCAUAGAAGGCAGUAGUCUUCUUAUAAACCAACAGUCUUCUUAUAAACCAAAGAGACACAUAAAUAAAACGACACCGCAGAAGGCAACAGUCUUCUUAUAAACCAAACGACGCCGCUUCAAGCUGACAUCCGUAGUCUUCACAUAACCCUAAUCCGAAUAGGAUAUGGACUUCCAUCUUCACUUCAAGUUUUCAACACUGAUCAAAUAGUUGCAGCCCUUUUACACACGCAUUCCGAAGAACUCAAGUGUCCAAAACUUUGGUCCUUAGGUUGCUACUUCUGGUAACAGACCUUCUUGGCAAAAUCGAUAACGACGAUUUUAGUCGUACAAAAAUAUUAGAUGCAACUGCAUUGUGGAGGCACGAACAAUUAUAUUUUAUUCUUGCCCUAGGUUGCUCGUAAUGGUCGUCAUCGUCAUUUUCAUCAUCGUCAUUUUCAUCAUCGGAUGGUCCAGACCCAGUACACUUUCUUGCAUUAUGAUUGGUAGAACCGCACUUACUGCAAUGCUUUUGCCUUCUCUUCGGUACUGUUUUCGACUGAUUUUGAGUGGUGGGAGGAUCAACAUCGGUGUCAUCGCCACCGCCACCUUCUUCCGAAACACCAGCAUUCGGGGCAUCACUAUUUGAGGUUGGCUUCACAUAGCCAACAGGAUGUGGGCAUCGGGUCCUAUAGUGGCGCCAUUCCCCGCAAUUACUACACUGUCGUGGUUCUCCUUUCUUCCUUUUAGAUUUUUUAGCCCCCGAACCUUUAGCUUUGACCUGUAAUGGAUCCAACAAAAUAUCAUUCUCCUUCGUUCUAUUAAUGUUGGGUAUGUCCACGUUGCCAGUGUCCACCUUGUCCAACUUUUCACAUAAUGAUUGAAUUCCCUCACGAGCAAUCUUGAAGCACUCACUAGAUAUUGGCCCUUUUAACAUUAGUUGUAAGCUGUUUUGUUGAAUAGUACCAUACUUGAUUGACACAAUAUUUUAUACAAAGUGAGUAAAAUUAACGUUCACCUAGCUUCGAACCAAUAUUAAAAAAAAAAAAAUUAAAAGUGAUAGUCAUGG